AUGGCUUCGGAAUCGCAGCCCCCCUCGCAGCCUCUUGGACCUGGCUACCGCGACGAGGCUCAAAGGCCUACCGCAACCGUCUCCAAGCCAAUUCCCCAGGACAAUGUCUUUAUCCUACCGCAGACACCGCAGCUGAUAGCGCUGCUAACGAUGAUUCGAGAUGAGAACACGGGCCGGGCCGAUUUCAUCUUCUAUUCCAACCGCAUCAUUCGGCUGCUCGUCGAAGAGGGCCUGAACCAUCUACCAGUAGUAGGUCAUGAAAUCAGCACGCCAGUGGGGAGGCACUAUAUAGGCGUCAAGUUCGAGGGCAAGAUCUGUGGUGUCUCGAUCAUGCGUGCUGGCGAGUCGAUGGAGCAGGGUCUAAGGGAUUGUUGUCGGUCUGUGAGAAUUGGCAAGAUCCUGAUACAGCGGGACGAGGAGACUUCGAAGCCCAAGUUGUACUACGACAAGCUUCCGGAAGACAUUGCGAACCGAUGGGUCCUCUUGCUGGAUCCGAUGUUGGCUACUGGCGGUUCGGCUCUCAUGGCUAUCGAAGUACUCAAGAGCCGGGGCGUGCCUGAGGACCACAUCCUCUUCCUCAACCUGAUCGCUAGUCCCGAGGGAAUCAAGAAGUUUGCUGAUGAGUACCCUAAAGUAAGGGUAGUGACAGCCUUCGUUGAUCAAGGAUUAGAUGAGAAGAACUACAUCGUUCCCGGUCUGGGUGAUUUUGGCGAUCGCUUCUACACCAUGUAG